AUGAAUAGAGUAUAGCUACUCAUCAACCUACUAAUACCAAGGUGGCAAAAAAUGCCUAACAAAGCUGCGAUUUUUGUAAUCACUAUCACCGUUACCUUGUGUUUAGGAGAAAUACCUUCUUACAUUCACGUUUGUCAUCAAAAAGACCCGAAACUAACCCAAUGCAUCAUAAACUCCAUCGAAGCCUUAAGACCCAAACUCAAAGAAGGUAUCGCCGAAAUAAACGUACCUCCAUUAGAACCUUUACCAUUAGAUGAGAUAAAAUUGAGAAGUGGACCAAAUCAGGCUAGAAUCAGUAGUAACAUAACAAAUUUAAAAGUUUGGGGACCAAUUUUGUUCCAGAUAACCGAUCUUAAAGCUGAUGUGCCAAAUAAAAAGUUUCAAGCAACAGUUAAUUUACCAAAAUUAAAUUUUGAAGGGGAUUAUGACAUGGACGUGAAUGUGUUGAUUUUGAAGUAUAAUGGAAAAGGGGUCAUGACUGGAAACUUCACCGACUAUAUUUUUGACCUUACCCUAAUCUAUGAAAUAAAACAAAAGGACGGCAAAAAUUACAUGAACAUACCAAAAUUAGGCAUAAAACUUACAAUGGGCAAAUCUGUACUAAAAAUGACAGGAACUGACAACAAAAAUCCUACAUUAUCACAAGGGUUGCAAGCUGUACUCAACGAUAAUACUGAAGUUUUUAUGAAAGAAGUUCUACCAGCUUUGGAGGAUGGUUUAAGUGUUCGGUUCACGGAUAUAGCCAAUAAGAUUGCCCAUAUUGUGCCUUACGAAGAACUUUUACCAGAAUAAUGUUUAUGUGAAAUUAAAUAUGUACAUACAUUAUUUUUUGAAUAACAACAAUAGUUUCUAGUGAUGCACCACUUUAUUUACUGCAUGCCCUGUUUGUUUUU